UUGGGUAAUUACGAGUGGAUUGAGCUCAUUCCUUCGGAAGUCUCGGUUACUGGAUCAUCAAGCAGGAUGAAAUUUUCCGUCGCGCUCGUCGCCGUCCUCGCGCUUGUCGCAGCCUCCCAAUCCAGGGAAACUGGGCUUAGGUCGUUCAACGGCUACCACGUGUUCACGGUUGAGGCGACCACUCAUGGUCAACUUGAACUCUUGAGGACUCUGUAUCUCGGUGGAGACUAUGACUUCUGGACGACCCCUCGCGGUCUUGGAUUCACCGAUGUGAUGGCAGCCCCUCAACAAAUCGCUGCUUUUACGUCAAUCAUGGACAAGGCUGGCAUCAAAUUCACCGUUAAGAUCGCCGAUGUUGAAACUUUGGUACGAGAGGAACGCGUCGCAAACGAGAAGGCUGGUAGCGAACGUAUCUCAUGGGACAGGUAUCCACGAUUUGCGGAGAUUGAGACUUGGUUGAACGGAUUAUCCAGCCAAUACGCCACCGUGUCCGUUAUCGGUCGCUCCUACCACGGUUUGGACAUCCACGCCGUCAAGAUCUCGACAGGAGGAGCCCCCAAGAAAUCCGUCAUCAUUGACGCUAACAUCCACGCGCGAGAAUGGAUCGCUGGAGCCACGGGGACCUGGAUUAUCAACGAGCUUAUCACCAACACCACGGCGUACAUGAACGUUCUUAACGAGAUUGAUAUCCACAUCAUCCCCAUGGUCAACCCAGACGGGUAUGAAUUCUGUCAUACUGGGGACCGACUUUGGAGAAAGACCCGCUCCGUAAAUGCCGGAUCUGCUUGCUUGGGAUGCGACCCCAACAGGAAUUUCGCCUUCAUGUUCGGGGGUGAAAUGACGUCACCAGAUCCUUGCAACAACCUCUACCACGGAUCUGCCGCCUUCUCGGAAAGCGAAACCAGGACCGUUCGAGACUACAUCGUCGCUCAGGAGGCCGCCGGUACCCGAUUCCUCGCCUACUUGACUUUCCAUUGCUACGGAUAUGACUGGCUUCUCCCAUGGGGUUACACUGCCGGCGUCUAUCCACCAGAUUAUGAUGAACAAUUGAGCUUGGGCCGUGCCGCCAUCGCUGCGCUGCAAGCCGUUCACGGAACCCGUUAUCGAACCGGACAAGGGGCUGAUCUCCUUUACGGAGUCGGUGGUGCUUCCGACGAUUGGGCGAAGGAUCACGGUAUCAAAUACACAACCACGGUCGAAAUGCGUGGCACCAGCUUUGUCCUUCCACCCGCCCAAAUUAUUCCAAAUGCUCAAGAGGUCUGGGCCGCCGUGCAAGUCUACUUCCAACGAGUUGUCGAAACCCCAUAAAUAAUUUCAAGAAAUUCUACACACUUAAGUUGUUUCUAUUAUGUGUCAAUUAUGAAAUUAAACUGCAUCAAUUAAUUC